GCAGGAAACCCAGAUCCUGCCGCGCCGCCAGGAUCGAGCCCGUGAGGGUGGGCGGAGGGGGCGGAGUUCCGCAUGUGGGCGUGUCCAGCGUUCCAGCGGGCUGCAAUGAGCUAUUAGAGAGGAGGGGGGGCGGAGUUUCUUACUGGGGGCGCGGCCCGAGGACAAUUCGGAAAGGGGCCGGACUUCCGGCCGCGCGAGGGGAAAGGAACGGGGCGUGGUCAGCCUAAAACGUGGGGGCGGGCCCAGCGGUUGCUAUGGGUUCGCUUCCGGCGCUGGCAGGCGGAAGUGGCUGGAACCUGGUGGCUGAUGCUGCUGUUGCUGAGGCGGCUCUGGAGCCAAGGGGGAAUUGAAAGGAGACGAGGAUGGCACGCCGUACCCACCUCCUGCAUAUGAGACUAGCUGGCUGGGAUCUGGUGGACUUUAGGAGAUGGGACGCCAGGGCUUUGGUUUGUCCCUGAAACUGGUGGUGUGCCAACUUGUUCCUGGGGCGUGAGAGCUCACCGGGAGACACGGAUGAGCAGAGAGCCGUUGGACUGUAACAGCAAUGAGGCAACGCAACCUGUGGGCUAUCUGCAGCAGCGCUGAUUGGGAGCGGUGAAAACCAGACUCCUGUGUAUGCUGACACCCUCCUCCCCCAGAGACCUGAGGGCCUGUAAUGGCUUGAUUUCCUAGGAGUCUUGAAGGACACUUGAGGAGAGACGGGGAGUCAUCUCAAGGAUUGGAGAGACCAGUACAGAACUUGCCCGCUCCUUUCAGUGGGGGAAGCUUGGAGUGUGUUUAUUAGUUUUGAACCGGGAUAGGGGGAACUGCGUGGCCCAUUCAGGAGGUGGAGAGGCUCUUUCCUGCUGUUCCUCCUGCAUUGAGUCCUCGAGUGAGGUCCUGAAAGGGGGAGGGGGGAGCCCAGAGACCCCCCUCCCCCAGGAGAGAACCAGCGGCUAGGAGUCCACCAGCAACACUGAGCCGACACCAAUCAGCCUACAUGGGAGGGCCACGUUUCCUGGUACCGCUGAGGGGAGUGAAACCAGCUGAGCCAGCGAGAACUGUGCUGAAACUGCCGUGCGUUAAAACUUCAACAGGACACGGCUCGGUCCAUGGCUAUGGAGUGACGCCUGAGGGAUCGAGAGCGCAAGCGAGCGGGGGGGCCUCUGCCUGUGAAGGAUGCUGAAGAAGAGCAGCCUGGUCCUCUGGGGCGUGGUGCUGUUUGUGGCCUGGAACGCCCUGCUCCUUUUCUUCCUGUGGUCCCGGCCCCCGGCCUUCGAUGACCAUAGCCACUUGACCGAGGAGGUCAUCCGGCUGGCCCAGGACGCUGAGCUGGAGCUGGAGCACCAGAAGGACCUGCUGCGGCAGAUCCACCGGUACAGUGCCCUCUGGAGCAAGAAGAGGAAGAAGGUAGAGCAGGCGGGUCGGCUCCCACCACCCGCUGCCGCCUCCAAUGCUGGGGCUUUGCCCGCCACGGAGGCCAUCCCGCACCGGCCCCGGGCCUCCCCAGAUGCGGUCCUGCCUGUGGUGGUGAUUGCCUGUGACCGCAGCACGGUGCGCCGGUGCCUCGACAAGCUGCUGCACUACCGGCCGUCCCGGGAGCGCUUCCCCAUCAUUGUGAGCCAGGACUGCGGGCACGAGGAGACGGCGCGGGUCAUCGCCUCCUAUGGUGAGGCAGUGAUGCACAUCAAGCAGCCGGACCUGAGCGAUAUCUCGGUGCCCACGGACCACCGCAAGUUCCAGGGCUACUACAAGAUCGCCCGGCAUUACCGCUGGGCCCUGAGCCAGGUUUUCCGCACCUUCCAGUACCAGGCGGCCAUUGUGGUAGAGGACGACCUGGAAGUGGCUCCAGAUUUCUUCGAGUACUUCCAGGCAGCCUUCCCACUCCUGCUGGCCGACCCCAGCCUCUGGUGCAUCUCGGCCUGGAAUGAUAACGGCAAGGAGCAGAUGGUGGAGGCUGGCCAGCCGGAGUUGCUCUACCGUACGGACUUCUUCCCCGGCCUGGGUUGGCUUCUGCUGUCAGAGCUGUGGGACGAGCUGGAGCCCAAGUGGCCCAGGGCCUUCUGGGACGACUGGAUGAGGCAGCCGGAGCAGCGGCGCAGCCGCUCCUGCAUUAGGCCCGAGGUCUCCCGCACCAUGACCUUUGGCCGCAAGGGCGUGAGCCAUGGGCAGUUCUUCGACCAAUACCUGAAGUUCAUCAAGCUCAACGACCGCUUCGUGCCUUUCACCCAGCUGGACCUCUCCUACCUCAAGAAGGAGGAGUAUGAGCGCUCAUUCCUGCCCAAGGUCUACGGUGCCCCUGAGCUGCGGGUGGAGGAGCUGCAGGGCAACCAGCGCCGGGAACUGGGCACCGUCCGCGUGCAGUACAGCAGCCGCGACUCCUUCAAGGUCUUCGCCAAGGCCCUGGGUGUUAUGGAUGAUCUCAAGUCGGGGGUGCCCCGCGCCGGCUACCGCGGCAUCGUCAGCUUUCUCUACCGUGGCCGGCGGGUCUACCUGGCACCCCCUUCUGAUUGGACGGGCUAUGACCCCAGUUGGAGUUAGCACCGUCUCUCCCUGGACAUUGACCCUUGAGCAUGUUGGACCCAUAAAGAUCAUGGAGCAGGUGGGCGGGGUGUGUGUCUGUGGGGUGGGGACUCAGACCUUGUAUUUUUGUUUUCUGAGUGGCAUUCGAGUGCAUUCGGGGGAGGGGCGGGGUGUGUGUGUGUGUGUGUGUGUGUGUGUGUGUGUGUGUGUGUGCGCGCGCGCACUUAAUACUGGGGUUGGGGGGCUGGAUUAUUGUGAUGCCCCAAUGUGGGGGGCAGGGAACUGGGAUGGGGCAUGCUGAGGUUUCCUCACUGCCCUUUCCCUCCAUCCCCCCCAGUGCCUAUCCCCUUUCUGACAUUGUGAUCUCCCCUCUACCGUGUCACUGGUGAUUUCUCCAUGGUGGGUGAGUGGGGUCAGAGCCAAUGCUGAACCGAACUGACCGAUCAGUGGCUACUUUCCCAGCCUCUGUGAGCUGCGGGGGAAGAACGGAGAGAGGAUGGUGACCACGUCAGCCUGGGAGGGACUAAUGGAGGUGCCAGGACCUGCUUAGGAUCUUUGGCAGUUCCCACCUCUCCAUCCUUAGUUGGGGGCAGAGUGGGAGGGGGCAGGGGUCACCUCUGGCUAUAGCUGGGAGGGAGCGUUGGAGAUGACGGGGUGCCCUUGAUGGUCCUCAAGAGCCCAUCAUUAGCUGUAGGGGAGUUGGGCAGGGGCAGGGAUCUUUAUGUCCAUGAUGACCUUUUUGGUGUCUCCAUGGGACCAUCUCUAGCAAGGCUCGAGUAUCAGAACUUUCUCGCCCUUUGACCUGCUCGGUGGUCUCCGAGCAGCCCUCUGGGUCUGGGAAGUGUGAGGAGUUGUCCUGGCUUCUCUCUAUCCAGCAACAUUACGUCCCCACAACAUUCCUCUGCUUCCAGUGGGCAUUCCACCACAGCGGUCCCUUCUCUUUGUCCUUCAUUGCUUCUUUUCUACACUGUGCGCGGAGGAAGUUUGUUACGGAGCCGGGGCUCUGCAAUCCGGCUUGUGUUACUCUCCCUGGUGAGGAAGGGAGAGACCCGAGCUUGCGGCCUGCCUUAAUCCUCAGUGGGAGCCUCCAUCUUUUCCCGGGUUGAAGUUUGAUUCAAAGUUGGCUCAGUCCCUGCUGGAUGGUGGCUGAUUCCCCUGCUGCCAUGGUCAUGGUGGUCAUAAUUCCCCUGCUACAUAGUUGAUGUAGCAAUGGGGAGAGACAUGAGAUAUCACCAUGGAGGAAAACCACAGGGGUGGUGGGACACAAGAGAAGGGGCUCUCUGACAAUGAGCCCUGCCUUAUCUAUGGGGGUAGACCCCCUCUCCAGUCUCUUAAGAGGUGCUGCUGAGCUAUUCAAGGGCCAGUUUGGGGCGGGAGAGUUACAGUUCAGAUCUUAUUUGGCCAAAAUGUAGACCACACCAAAGGGUAACUUUUCCCCCACUGUAUUAUUUUGCUGUAUUCUGUUUUUGUUUUAAAUCCCCUUAUCUUCCCCAGUCUGGGAGGUGAGCCAGGGGAGGAGGGAAUCCAAACUGCCCAUUGGCAUUCUACAUCACCCAUGAAAUUGCUUGGUGCCCUAGGGCAAGUUUGUCCAAGGAUGAGUGGGAGCAGAAGCUUCCCUGCGAUCCAGUCCCCGUUGGUGAGGUCAGGCAGAGAGGAGCUCCCAUGUCAACAGCCAAGGAGGAGAUGGUUGUUCCAAGAGUGAGUUAAAGGGUCUCCGAAGUGCCCCUUCCCUCCCAGCUCUGGAAAGCAAUAUCCAGAGCACUGGAGGCUUCCUCAGAGUAAGGGUGCUUCAGUGUGUGUGUAACUUUCCCCCCAUCCUGGCCCAAGGAGGGGAGGAAUCUAUCUGAAGGAAGAAUCUCUGGGAGAGGGAGGGCCAUUUGUAGGCAGGAACUUCAGUGGGAUCCAGACAGCUCUUUGAGGAGCCAUCCAGGUUGGGUUGGAUUCGAUCCCUGCCAUUCUCCUGGGCAGGAAUUGGGAGCUGGGCAGGCUCUUCCAUCACACCCUGCCUGUGGCAGAAGUCCAACCCUGUUCCGUUUGCUCUGGGCUGUGCCGCCCUCACCACAUGUGGCUCCAAGGUAGGGCUUUCUGCC